AUGGACGACCUGAAGUCGGCCAACCAGUGGGACGAUUUGCCGCACAAGUGGGUGGACGUGGUAGUCGACUACCUGCGGGGUUUCCGGAACGACACGACCGACUUCAACCGGCCACAGCUGCGGCCGUCCGUCCGGCACACUUAUCCGGCGUUCGUGUGCGGCUACAGCGCGCUCAUCAUGGCCGGCGCCCUGUGCAACGCUUACGUGCUGGCCAUCGUGGCCAGGAAGCGGCUGUACGCGGCCGACCCGGUCUACGUUUACGUGGCCAACCUGGCCGUCACGGGCAUCGUCGAGUGCGUUUCCGUGCUGCCCAUAUCGCUCAUGGUGUUGCUGGUCCAAAACUGGAUAUUCGGACGGUUCCUGUGCUUUUUCCUGCCAAUGCUCCAGGUAGGGUCACUAUACAAAUAUAAUAUUAUUACGCCGUCCGCCGAAAUAAUCGGGAUAAUCGUCGGGACGACAACGAUCGGAGAUUUCACUGGUAUAUUAUGA